ACACACACACACACACACACACACACACAUUUUCACUAAAGAAUGUGAUAGCAAAAACGAAACAAAAAAACACAAAGAUGAGUGAAGCCAAGAUGGUGGAGAAAGCACACAUGACUUUUUAAGCUCCUCUCAUACCCUCAUGACCAAUUAUUAAAUUCAGCCUCAAAAAUAGUGCUUGACUGGUAAAAUUCACAAAGAUUAGAAGUACAAUAAUUUACCAGUAGAAGAUAAUCUGUAAAACUGCCAGAAAAGGUUUUUCUUAAGGGGUGGAAACAGACCAGGGAUAGAGAAUUAGAGGGUAGCAUAUUGAGCAGACCAUGUGGGAGUGGCUUCCAUGGUUAGAAAACUUACAGAGACUAUUCUGUCAUAGGCUGACUGCUCUUCUCUGCUUGAAAAGAAGCAGACCAGUGGAGAAAUUAAAGCCAAAGGUAGAGGAUACUCUAAAAAACACGAGAACCUAUACUCACCCAAAACCAGAAGUGACUCAGCAUAGACCACAGCACAGCUGCACAGCUGCAUUCUGCAGCACAGGUUGGGCCAGCCUCUAAUCUGCACAGUGGGGGGACUUGGCCUGAGGCAAUAGAACUUCCGCAGGGCCACUUUGCUUCCCUGGGGAGAGACAAUUCCAGUCUGUACAGGGCUAUUCCCUGGUCAGCUGCUAAUACCCACAGUUCCACAACAAGCUUUGGUUUGGAGUAGUGACACUUUCACUGCUCAGGCUCUAACCCCAGGGCGGUUGCUAAUCCAUACAAUGGAGCUAUUCAUUGCGUACUUCCAUAGCUAGUCCUGUGCUACCUAGGCCUAAUCACUUCUGGUGGGGAACUUUUUCCCAAAGCACUCCCACACCUAUCUGCUCUUUGCAGCCUGUUGACAGGACAGCUACUGUCCAUACACCUAUGCCUAUUCUGCAGAGAAAGCUGGUAACCUACUUGCCCUGAAGGCAGACCCUACAGGCUUUAAAAAAAAAGAAAGAAUAAAAAAAUCAAAAGGACGAUUGAUAGCUUCUAUACAGAAAGAGAGCAGGUUUUCAACCCUGAGGAGACUAGUAACAGACAGUUUCCAGACAAAAUCACAAAGGAGGAUGUAACCUGGUUCCCAUUACACAAAUCUCUCCUAGAAGAGACUAUUAAAAAUCUUAAAAGAGAGCUAGAAGAAAAAUGGGGAAAGGAAACAGAAGCUAUACAAGAAAGUAUACAAAGAAGUAAGUAGUUACUGAAAUGUGAAUUGGAAAAGGUAAAGAACUUCCAGGUAGUGCAGGAAAAUAGAAUUUGUGAAUUAGAAAAGGUAAAAAAAAUCCCAGGAAAGUAGGGUUUGUGAAUUGGAAAAGAUAAAGAACUCCUAAGAAGGUAGGAUUUGUGCACUGGAAAAAGAAAAUAAUUCACUAAAAAAAAAAAAAAAUAGUGAAAUGUAAAAAAAAAAUCCAUAGAGCAAAACAAUUCAUUUAAAAACUCAGUUGGCUGGAAAGAUGGCGGCACAGGUAGUAGAUCUGCUGCGGGAAGUGGCGAGGCUGGGGGCGCCGAUGGAAGAGCUCCGGGCGUUGCAGGCUGCCCUACAGGCUGUGCCUCUUACCUCGCUUCGGGAACAGGCAGCUGAGCUCCGACUUGGGCCUCUUUUCUCGAUACUCAACGCGAAUCAGCGAUAUUGAAACUGAGAUAAACAGAUAAAGGAGCAGACUACCUUGUGUGUAUCCAUUCUGGAGAGAUUUCUCCAAGCUAUGGAACCAGUCUACGUGGCCCGAAACCUUAGGGAUGAACUGCAUAGGGGACUAUCUCACCCUGAUGAUGCUGUGGUAAUCCUCACUCUGUCCCAGGUUGGAAGAAUUGUAGAAAAUUCAGAGGCUGUUACUGAGAUUCUCAAUAGUCCUGAAUUACUGAAGGAAAUUAUUUAUUGCAUUGGUGCAGAAAAAUUGUCUAUAGCAAAAAUGGCUAUCAAGUCACUAUCAAGAAUAUCCCUAACUCAAAUAGGAUUGGAGUCUUUAUUUGAAAGCAGCCUACUAGAUGACUUGAAAAAUGUAAUGCAAACAAGUGACAUUGUACGAUACAGGGUCUAUGAGCUGAUUGUGGAGAUUGCCUCUGUGUCACCAGAAUCCUUAAAAUACUGUACCAACAGCGGAUUGGUAACCCAGCUCAUUAGAGAGCUGACUGGUGAUGAUGUGCUAGUCAGAGCCACCUGUAUAGAAAUGGUGACAUCACUGGCAUACUCUCAUCAUGGACGACAGUACCUAUCCCAAGAAGGAAUAAUUGAUCAAAUUUCUAAUAUCAUUGUUGGGGCUUCAGAUCCUUUCUCCAGUUUUUAUUUGCCAGGAUUUGUCAAAUUUUUUGGCAACUUGGCAAUAGUGGAUAGCCCUCAGCAGAUCUGUGAAGGAUACCCAAUCUUUAUAGAAAAAGUCUUUGAAAUGGCUGAAGGUCAGGACCCCACCAUGAUAGGAGUGGCAGUAGACACCCUAGGGAUCCUGGGCUCAAAUGUGGAAGGAAAACAGGUUUUACAAAAAACAGGGAGUCGAUUUGAACACCUGCUAAAGAGAAUAGGACACCAAGCAAAGAAUGCUUCAACAGAACUUAAAAUUAGGUGUUUGGAUGCAAUUUCAUCUCUUCUUCAUUUACCACAUGAUCAACAGACUGACGAUCUCCUAAGAAUGACAGAAUUCUGGUUCUCGUCUUUAACUUGGGAACCAUUGGAACAUUUUAGGGGAAUCAGCACCCAACCUUUUCCUGAGCUGCAUUGUGCUGCAUUAAAAGUGUUCACAGCCAUUGCAAACCAACCCUGGGCUCAGAGACUUAUGUUUAAUAGCCCAGGUUUUGUGGAAUAUGUUGUGGAUCGUUCUGUGGAACAUGAUAAAGCUUCAAAAGAUGCCAAAUAUGAACUAGUGAAAGCCCUUGCAAACUCGAAAACAAUUGCAGAAAUCUUUGGAAACCAGUAUUAUUUAAGACUGAAAGCUUACCUGAGUGAAGGCCCAUACUUUGUGAAGUCUGUUUCAACUACAGCUGUGGAAGGAGCAGAAUGAGUUCCACAAAAUUGAAUUUAGGGGACCAAUCUUGAUGACCAAAACAUCUUCCAAAGACCUUUGGGUUUGUUUUAUUUUGUUUUGAGGAGGGAGGGAUUUGUAUUUAAUGUAACAAAACAGAAAAUACUUCUAGCUAUAAUUGCACUUUUAAAAAAAUUAUCAUGGUAUGUUUAAGAUAGACUUGACAACUAUGCAUUUGUUGUUGUUGUAUUUUAAGUACAUUGUGGAAUGGGUUUGGAGCUCUUUGAUUGCAAAAAGAAAAUCUUUCGCCUUACAGGGGACUGGCCAUUAUUUGAACUAAGUAUUUUUCUGCUUCCUAAAUACACAUGAUCUUGCCAAAACUGAAUAUAAUUUAAAAAAAUUAGCCACAAAUGCUGGAAUUCUUUGACCUAGAAAUACCUAAGUAGAAAAUGCUCCCUGACACAAAUAGUGCUUUAUUCAAAAAAAAAAAAAAAGCAAAUUAAAUUAGGAAUUUUUGUCUAUUCUUGGCAUAUCUUUUUGUUCUUUAUUCCACUACCUCUUCCCUAUUGGAUGUGCAACUUCUUUAGAUCAUAAAGCAAUAUGGACCCCUAAAAUUAUGUGUUCUCAUCUUUAUAAUGCAAGUAAACCAUUAUUAAUAAGGUCUCUUUGGUGAGCUUUUGAGAUGAGUUUUUAUAAUUGUCCUUUCUAAGAAAAUAAGACAUUCUGUGACUUAAGGAAAAUCCAGGGGGAAAAACUUCCAAUUUGAAAUCUUGUUUUGAUAACUCUUUGCAGUAAUUAAUGAUUUGCAUCUAUUCUGUUUUUAUAAUUGUGACUCUUUCCCCUUCUUUCUCUUACUGCAUUUGAUUAAAAAACUCUCCCUGGCAAUAUCUGCUGAAGAUGUGUUCUUACUCUACACCUUCUGUUUCCUACAGAGUACUAGAAUUCAUUGAAUGUUAAAAUUUGAAGUGAUCUGGCACUCAGUAUUUCUCUAUAGGUACUAGGCUUGAGUUAAUACAAACAGGAUGUUAAACUUAGAAGAGACCUUUCUACAGCUAAUAACUACUAAUAUUUCCCUAUCAUCAUUAACCAGUCACCUCUUUAGUACCUUGCAGUGGCCUAAAUCAAAGGGCUUAGCAUCAGUUUGGUAAAGAUGGGUUUUGGAAUUGUAGGAUUUUUGUGCUGGAAGGAACUUUUGGGAUCUUGUGGUUUUAUCCAUGAGGAAAUUGAGGCCUAGAGAAGGGAAGUAACUUGCCCCCAAGGACAUACAAUGAGUUGGUAGCAACACUGUCAUUAGAACUCAGGUCUCUUGACUGCCCAGCUGGUUCUCUUUCCAUCUCUGUUACUUCUGUAACACAUCAGUACAACUAAUGACUUGCUUUUUCAUACAUUAAUGUUUUGAAAUGAGUUUUUCCGAAUAAAUUUGGUGACUGUUCUAUCCAAGAAAACUAUAAAAUAUUAAGCAGUGCAUUAUGCAUUGAAAUAUACAAAAGCAAAAAUGCUUUCAAAGAGCUGACUUUUUCUUAAAGGAAACAGCAUGUAUUUACAAAUAUAUACAUUGUAUGUAUGUAAAAUACAUAAUACAUUGUAAUUUCUUAAGGAGAAGCAUUAACACUUGGAAGGUUCAGGAAAGGUAUCAUAGGAAAGAGGCCAUUUGAAUAGCUAUGCUUUAAAGGGAGUUAGGAAUUCUAAGAGGCAGACAUAAUGGUCAAAUAUAAUAAUAUUUUUAAAGUGCUUUGCAAAUUUUAAAACUAUAUUUAAAUAUUAGCUAUUAUUGUUAUUACCAGAAAAGAAACAUACUUCUAAACCAAUAACAUGACUAUAUUUGAUCCUCAAAAAAAUCCUGGGAGAUAGGUGCUAUUAUUAUUAGAUAAGGAAACUGAAGAAGAGAUUAAAUGACUAGUCUAGAAGUCACACAUCUGUUAAGUGUUUGAGACCAGAUUUAAAGUAAGAACUACUCUCCAAAUUCAUCCACUUGCCACCUUGCUGCCUCUGGUAAAGUAAUAGUGAUAAUUUGGAAAGCAAGUUGCAUAGAGAAGAAUAUGAUUCGGUUUCAAGAAUUUGAGAGCAAGGUCUGUUGAAUUAAAAGACAUUCAGAUCCUAAAAUGAUAUUUUGAAAUUGCUGAAGCAGCAGUGUAUGCAAAAUCCAUCCCAUGUUCCCUUUUUAAUCUCAUAUUAAAAUUCCAUUUAAAAAAAAAAAAAACUCAGUUGGACAUAUACAAAAAGAAGUAAAAAAAGCUAAUGAAGAAAAUAACUCAUUAAAAAUCAGAACUGAACAAAUAGAAGUGAAUGAUUCAUUAAGACAUCAAGAAUCACCCAAGCAAAACCAAAAAAAAAAAAAAAGAAAGAAAGAAAAAUUAGAAAAAAUGUUAAAUAUCUACUUGGAAAAACAACAGACCUGGAAAAUAGAUCUAGGAGAGAUAAUCUGAGGAUUAUUGGACUUCCUGAAAAUUAUGAUGAAAAAAAGAGCCUAGAUACUAUUUUAGAGGAAAUUAUCAAAGAGAACUGCCCAGAUGUAUUAGAAUCAGAAGGUAAAAUAGGCAAUGAAAGAAUUCAUCAAACACCUUCUGAAAAAGACUCUAAAGUAAAAACUCCAAGGAAUAUUGUAUCCAAAUUUCAGAACUAUCAGACUAGGAAAAAAUAUUAUAAGCAGCCA